AGCUGCGGGAGGCUCCAGGAGUCUGACCAGUUCCCUCCAGCCCUCAGGUGUUCUUGCCCUGGGUGGGGCCACUGGGUUUAAAUGGCUGGAACCAACCUGGGCGGUCCUCAGCCCCACACCUUCCUCAGACCUGCUGUCUACACCAGACUCAGGACACGGAAGAACAGACAAGUGAAGGGACUGUGGAGACACACGGCUGCCCUGCCCCUCCUGCUGCCUGAGUGAGCUGAGUCUGAGGUGGUCGUGGACAGCAGACGCCCACCUGUCUCUGCCCUGUAGUGUCGCCCUGUGAGCUGCGUCAUGGAGAGAGUGACCAGGGCCCUUCUCCUGCUGGCUGGCCUGCCUGCCCUAAAAGCCAAUGACCUAUUGGAUAAAGACAGCCCCUUCUACUAUGAUUGGGAGAGCCUGCAGCUGGCCGGGGUGAUCUGCGGAGGGAUCCUGGGCGUCGCUGGGAUUGCUAUAGCCCUGAGUGGCAAAUGCAAGUGCAGGCAUGACCAGGGGCACAGUCCCUUAGCUGAGAAAGCCACCCCAUUCAUUGCUCCAGGCUCUGCCAGCUCCUCCUGAGCACGAGAACAUCGCCCAGGAGCACACGCCCACUGCUGCCUCUCCACUGGGACCUUACCUUCUGGGACAGUUUCUAUCCCAAGGCUGGGUGGCCCUGAUCCCUCUUGAUCAGGAAGCUAAGGCUGAUGUAGAAAUUAAAAGUCAGACAGCUCACUCUGGUGGUCUUGUGAGCCUCUGGGGCCUGGUGGGGGAGGGCAGGGGUGCCCAGGGUGUCUUGUGGAUUGCUGCUGCUCCUGUGUCUGGAGGCCACUCUCCAGAAAGCCAUGUCCCAUGGCGCCAUUCCAGGCAACUCCACUGGGACCUCAGUGAAACACCACAAUGCUGUAUGAGAAGACCUUGUCAUUUAUAAGCAUGCCUUGUGACCAUGGGAGUCCUGAUGACCAGAGACCAAGAUGUCUCAUCCUGUAGGGUGACUUCAGUGGCUCAUUCUGCUGAGACCUCACCAAUUCCUUCAUCGAUUCAUCCAAAUAAAAAUGCCUUAACUGUCCCCAAACCAUGGGAGGCCCUUCAGGUAACAUCCUGUGAGACUCCAGCAGUUUUGCACCUAAGAAGCCUGCAUAGUGCAUUCAGAACCAAGAACAGUUUGUAGUAACCUGAGAUCCCUGUCACAUGCACCCGCAAGGGUACGCUGGCAUGUCUAGCACUACAGGAUAGGGGUAUGGCAGUGCCCCUUCUUCUGCCUGGCCAUCCUGUCACCCAGGUGGAAGGAAGUGAAAUGCCCUGUUAUAGAACAAGGCCAAGGCCAGUAGGGUGAAAGAUAUCCACUUGUCCAGGAAGCAGCUUCUAAAGUAAGGCCAGAGUCUGGGCUGAUAGGCGCUCUGCUUCAGGCCAGCUAUCAGGUUGCACUCCACAUCUCAGGGGGACCACCCCUUUGACAAGAGUGUCCUGGGUUCAGGUCACCAGACUCAUGGGCUUGGUCAGAAGCCAGUGCAGGGCUCUGAGGGGGAAACUGAAGUUCAACUGCUCAGGUCUUGGAAGCACUACACAGUAAGGGGUGAGGGGGAAGAGUUCCAAGGUGGGGCCCGAUGGGACUCAAGCCCUGCUGAUGGCCUAGCUGCAGUCCUUGAGAGCCCUGGUGAGUGGCAUGAGGUCCAGCUGCUUUCUCUUCUGCUGAUCCCCCAACGCCCGCAAGGCACCAGCUCUUUGAGCCACAGGGUGAUGCUCCUGCACUGGGUGCUGCCCGGGCAGCACAGGGAAGUCCAGGCAGGAGUGGGCAUUGCAGUUGAGUCCUUGGAGGUGAAGGGUGAGGGUGCAGCUCCAAGAACCCUGGGAACCCUGGCAGUAUGCAAGUGACCUAGGGGACAGUGGUCUUCUUGCUCCUUGUGAAAGUGUGGCUGGAAUAAGGCGACUAGAUCCAUUAGGAGGUAGCUGGUACUGCAGGGAGAACAGCUCUCCCUGUGAGUAUGGAACCUCCUAGGGUUGGGGCGGGGUGUCAUGAGAAGACAAUUGUUUCCACCACAGCCCGGGGUGGGGGCACUGAUCAGAGGAAGGCGGAGCAGGCAAAAUGCAGCUUAACACACUUUCUGCCCCAGGGAGUAGGUGCAGAGUCCCUGUCUUCCAGAAACACGAAAAUACCAGGACACUGGUGUCCAUGGACUGCAUAAGAGACCAGAAAAAAAUGACACCUAAGAAAGCCAAGUCUAGAGUGACAAUGGAAAACAGGAAAACAGUCAUUCAGGGAAGAGGAAGCUAAUGAAACUUUCUGAUAAGUUACUCUGUUCUCAGCAACCCGUUAAGAUGGGGACUCUAAAGUCCUCUGUGCCUAAGAGACUUGAGGUCCUCACAAAGUGCACAAGCAGCCUCAGGCAGUCUCGCCAAGCAUCAAGGAAUGGGCUCUGUUCCCUUUCUGAUGCAUCCCUAAUGGAGUUACCUCAAGGCUGCUUAUUACUGAGUAUUGAACUUAUUUAAAAAAUCCAUUUUUUCUGAUUGAAGAUAUCACUCAUCUAAAUUGCAGAAAACUUGAACAUUACACCCAAAUAAAUCGAUUUCUAAUUCACCUAAUCACUGUUGUUUGAUAAUAUAGUGACUCAGGGGAAGGGCUGGGCUCUGGGCUUCUAUCAACUUGGCUGGCAGGUCUCUGAUCUAGGGUGCUACAGGACAAGGGGUAGGGAGAGAAAGGCCUUGCAAGGAUGCCUCUGUAUUUUUCUGAGGAAAUAAAUUCAAAAUUAAAAAGAAAACAAAACAAAAACAAAACUAAAGGGCCAGCAAGUGGCUUGUAGGUUAAGGUGCUAGAUCCCACAUUGCUAACUGCAUGAUUAGAGUCCCAGAUCUGGUAGCUUGAGAAACAUGUCAGAUGUGUGUACAUGUGUGCCCAAAAUCCCAGAAUGAAUGCAACCCCCAUUGGUGCGUUCUCCCUCCCUCUGGUGAGACACAUGUCCUACAAAAAUUAAGAAACUGAUUGUCUUUCAGAUCUUUCCUGUCUUUGUACCUUGAUAAAUGAACUUGUUUUCUGACACAAACUCAAGCUGUUGAUUUAGAACCCAAAGAUAAACACUAAGGACUUUUUUACUGACUUAAAACUCGUACUUUUAUUGUUUUCUUGUAUGGUAGGUUGCCACAUAUCAAGUUCUGAACUUUAUAAUCUACUAAACAGAUCAAUGUUGCUAUUUGUACAGUUGAGCCAUUUCUCAAAUAAAAACAGAAAGACAAACCAAAAAAAAAAAAAAUCAAACCAAUCAAAAAAAAAAACCCAUUAAA